AACUCUCUCCUCCUUUCUCUCUGCCUAAUUUUGCUCUUUUUCGGCCAUUUCAUCUUCUGUCAAGAACUUCAUUUCUGCUCUACUCCAUUUCUCCAUUUCACUUUCUCUCUCUACUAAUCUUCUAUCACACACUCUCUCGUUUUCUCUCUCACUCUGUAUUUUUUCUGUGGUUUUUUUGGUUCUGGGAUCAUCCCAGAUGAUGUGUUGUACUCUCUAUGCCAGGAUCUUCUUCAUCAUCUUUCACAAAUUGCGAUCUUCCAUUGUUGCUAUUUUCUCUGCUGGUAGCUCAAUUCGGCACCUCGAGUGAGCUAUUGAUUUCUCGUUCGAUUGUUUCUGGUGCUUUUCAAUAAGUCGGCGAUUUAAAGCCUAAUAGUUUGGCAAUCUAUUGUAUCGUUGGGGCGCGAUUCAGGAUCUUUAUUUGAUUGCUAAUUAAGAGAUGCGGCAUACGAAAAUUGAGAUUGAAGACAAUAUACCUUCAAAAGACCAGAUAUUAUCACCAUUGGUAGACGAAGAUAGCGGAGGGAAUGCCAACGGUAUUGUUCUUAAGAAAGGACCAUGGACGUCUGCUGAAGAUGAAAUUUUGAUAGAGUAUGUAAAGAAGCAUGGGGAGGGAAAUUGGAAUGCUGUGCAGAAGCAUUCUGGACUUUCUCGUUGUGGGAAGAGCUGCCGUUUGCGAUGGGCCAAUCACCUCAGACCAAACUUGAAAAAAGGGGCAUUUACUGAAGAAGAAGAGCAUCUAAUAAUUGAACUGCAUGCUAAAAUGGGAAACAAAUGGGCUCGCAUGGCAGCCCAUUUACCUGGACGUACAGACAAUGAAAUCAAGAAUUACUGGAACACUCGAAUUAAGAGGCGGCAGCGGGCUGGUCUACCUUUGUAUCCCCCAGACGUGUGUCUGCGUACAUGGCAGGCAUUACAGCAGACCCAAGACACUGGUGGAAGUAAUGUUGUAGAUAAAGAUCGUCACGAUCUUCUUCGGACUAAUAGUUAUGAUAUACCGGAUGUCAUGUUCCAUAGCUUGAAGCCUAAUAAUACCUUAUCUUAUAUGUCCGAGCUUCCAGAUAUUUCAAGUUGUAUGAUGAAAAGAGGUCUUGAUUCUUCUCUUUGUAGUUUUAUGCCAUCAACAAUGCAUCGUCAAAAACGCUUUCGGGAAUCAGCAUCCUUAUUCCCUAGUCCUGAUGGUAGUGUUAAAGCCCCUUACCAGUUUGAGGAUAAUUCCUACGGUCAAGUUACUCAGUCAUAUGGAUCGCCUUUUCCUCUUGAAUCCAACCCUACCAAUAAGAAUGCCAUGUCAUUUGGCUCGUUUGAGGGUAGCCAUUCCCUUACAAAUGGCAAUUCCUCUGCUUCUCAGCACUCGAAAGAGACAGAGAAGUUGGAGCUCCCUUCACUCCAAUAUCCAGAAACUGAUUUGAGCAGUUGGGACACACCCAUCCAGCCGUCAAUAUUUGAAUCAGUUGAUCCGUUUAUUCAAUCUCCACCAACUUUCAUGUUGGGAUCAGAUUGCCCUUCACCACGCCACAGUGGCCUGCUAGAAGCUUUAAUAUAUGAAUCGAAAACGUUGGGUUGUCCAAAGAAUCACCCAUCUGAUAAAAAUUCAAAUUCAUACAGUGUUACUCCAGGUGAUGUAACUGAUAGUUACAAUAUAACAGCAAGUAAGACAGAAAUUGAUGACUAUACUGAGGCUAUUUCCCCGUUCGGUCAUUCUACCUCCUCACUUUUCAGUGAGUGCACACCAAUCAGUGCGACUGGAAGUUCAUAUGAAGAUCCUGCUCUUACUGAGGCCUUUUCUGGAAGUAAUGUGAAAUCAGAACCACUUGAUCACGCAUGGACCCCAGAGAGAGAAAGAGCAUCCAAAAGCGGGGUCGAAUUCACUCGUCCAGAUGCCUUGCUCGCUUCAGAUUGGCAGGACCGCAGUUCGGGUAUCGUGGAGGACACAGCCAAUGUGACCGAUGCCAUCUCCUUGCUUCUAGGCGAUGAUUUAGCAGCUGACUACGAGCGCUUACCAUCUGAGAUUUCGACGUCUCACUUGGAAUGGGGUCUUGAUUCUUGUUCAUGGAAUAACAUGCCAGCAGUGUGUCAUAUGUCUGAUCUUCCUUGAUCUCUCUGCAGAUCUUCUAAAUGAAAAGAGCUGAAAACUGUCCCUCUCUUCAGAGGAAGACGGUAUCGCAGCUCGUCGUUGUCGACCAAGGAGGUUAGUUAUUCUGGUCUCUUUUGGUGGAUUUUGAUUCCCUGUUUGUUCAUCAGAAAAAAACAAAUCAUUGUAUGUGGAUCUGUUUAGGUUUGUAAUGCACAAUUCAAUGCUUUCUUAAGAUGACUGUGUAAUAACUUUGAACUUUUGUCAUGGUUUGUCUGGAACAUUGGGAUUCAAUGGUCUGUUUCUUCAAAUUCUGACCACUUUUUCC